AUGUGGGUGUCGGUGUUGGUGAGAGGCCGCCGCGGAGAGGACCGGGCGGGCGACCAGCUGUGGGCGAUAGACUGGACGGACGCGCUCACUGGAGCAGCAGCAGGACUGGGAGCGAAAGAGACGCGAUCUUCACCGCCGCCACACGUUCUACUCGCCGCGCAAGCGUGCCAGAGCGCCACCGCUCUCCGGCCAAUUAGAGCCCAGAACCCGCCGGACCCCAAGCCAAUAGGCACCCUGCUUGCGGAGCCCCGCCCCUUAGUCUCAAAGCCGGUCAGGCGCUUCAGGAAGCGCUGA